AUAACCUUCAUAUUGUUAAUAUAUGUGUGUAAGGUUUUUGUUUGGCUGAAAUGCAACUAAUGUUAACUGUUAGCCAAGUGAGUCCAAGUGACUGAUGAGUCAAAUAUAUAAAGCACGCAUGUGGAAAUGAGCAGUUCAGCUCUGGCACUUUUUCUGCGGGAAAGAAUGAAAAGGAUGGUAAAUGUUAUCAGGGCACAGACGCCAUUUUAUCCCCCAAAUGUUCAGUGUGUUUGUGUGGAUUUGAUGGCAGUCCUGUGCAGCAGUGCACGCGCCGUGUUUGCAUGUGGAGUGUAGAGCCACCAAAAUGUUGGAGCGAGAACACAGUUUGAGAGGAGCACAAAAGCGCAAAGCUCAGCACAUCAAAGAACAGCGGGAGCAGGAUUUCUUCACCACUGUACCGAAGCUGAGGGAAUGUUUUCUGGCUGCAGGGGAAAAGAGAUGAACAGAUGAAGCCCGGAUUCAGGCCAAAAUAAAGAUGCGGAUGUUGCAGGAUCGGAAAGAAACAUCUCCAAAACGCACGAGAGCCACUUCUCCAAAACGCAUGUGUUUGUUUCACAAAACAAAAUGGUGAGUUUGUACCAAGAGCAUGGCUGGUGUCUUCAUCCUCGAAAGGUCAAUUAUUUGGUGAUCAUCAGUCGGGUAGCGAUUGGGGGGGAAAUGAAGAUGAAAUCCUGCACAGAUUGCACUUUACAAUCCUUCUCAAGGAAUUUAAUGCAAACAAGAAAGAAAACCUUCUAAAGUGUGUGCAGCUGGAGCUGGAGCUGUGGCUGCUGGAGUUUAUUAUGUUCAUAAGCGUGGAGAUGAGGAGCGGAGUACGGAGGCCUUCGAGGGCACACCUGUCGACGAAGACCCAGUGCAGAGAGCCUCUUCAGGUUUUCUGCAUUCUUCUGAUGGACACAAGGACACGCAGAUGGACAAGGCCACCCCUGAGGGGUCUCUGGCCGAGGCGGAGGAGAAGAAGGAGAAGGAUGAGGUGUCCGGUGUUCAGCUGAACAGCGAGGAGCUCUAUGUGCUGAACCUGGAGCACAGAGUGAUGGAGCUGGAGAAACUGCUCUGUGAGGCUCACAGACAGUCUGAGAUGAAAAGCAAGGAGUGUGAGCAAGAGCAACAGGCUCCCAGAGUCCUGAUGGAGAAGUACGAUGAGGUGAAGGAGGUGGUAAAACAGAAUGAGGAGUUAAGGAAGGAGUGUGAGCGAGAGCGACAGGCUCACAGCAUCCUAAAGAAGAAGUAUGAUGAGAUGAAGGAGGUGGUAAAGAAGUAUGAGGAGUUACUAAAGGUAAAAGCCUUUUUAUGAAGCCGUGACUGCUAUCAUUACUCUGGGCAUUUCAAACACAUGGGCAUUUUAGUAAUAAUAAUAUAAGCUUAAUAAUGGUAAUAGUAAUAAUAGUCAAGCUUAAUACAAUAGAUACAUUCAUCUUUUCCUUGUAUUUAUUUGCCUGAUGCUUAAAUUUGAAUAGACGUACAAUACAAACCUAGAGCGAU